AAAAACAACAAGAACCCCAUUUUCCGUUCACAUUUCACCUUCCUUUUUCCUAAAUGUUCAUAAAAUUUCUUUAAAUUUCAGUACCCAUUUUUCUUCUUUAUUGGAUUGUACAAAUUCUCAGCUGAAAAGAAAAAUCCCAUCUUUAAUCCCUUUUUUACCUGUUCAUAACUGCCUUUUUGCAGUGGGUUUUCUGGGACUUUUGUUUUACAGACUGUUCUUGAUGUUCUUGGGUUUUUUGUGUUUUUAUUGUAGAAAAGCUUUGAUACCCAGUAACAUAUAUAUACCAAAUAUAAGAUACUGAAAAGAAAAUUUAAUAGAUAUUUCAUUUUAUUAGUACUGUGAAAUUUUCUAAAGGAAACAAAAAAAACUUUGAAAUUUUAUAUUUUUCUGGAAUUAAGGGGCAAAAAGAAAUUGAACAGAUGGGAAAGCAAGGACCUUGCUAUCAUUGUGGUGUUACAAGCACCCCACUUUGGCGUAAUGGGCCUCCAGAAAAGCCAAUAUUGUGCAAUGCAUGUGGAUCUCGGUGGAGAACAAAAGGAACAUUGGCAAAUUAUACUCCUCUGCAUGCACGACCAGAGUCUGAUGAUCUAGAAGAUUAUAGGGUGUGUAGGGUCAAAAACAUGUCUUUGAAGAACAAAGAGGCAAAGGUGUUGAAACAAAAGCAAAAUCAUGAUAAUACUGUAGUUAGAACUCCUCCUGAUUAUUAUCAGGGUUUCCUUAAGGGUUUAGAUGAAGAUACAAGCAAUAGGUCAAGUUCUGGAUCCGCCAUCUCUAACACUGAGAGCUCUGCACAAUUUGGUAGUACUGAAGCAAGUGAUUUGACAGGCCCUGCCCAAUCCAACAAAUGGGAAGCAAUGGUGCCUUCAAGGAAGAGAACCUGCAUAAGUCGUUCAAAGCAUUCUUCAGUUGAAAAGCUCACUAAAGACCUGUGUACCAUCCUACAUGAACAACAAUCUUCAUACUUCUCUGGAUCUUCUGAAGAGGAUUUGCUUUUUGAGAGUGACAAGCCUAUGGUCUCUGUAGAGAUUGGACAUGGAAGUGUGCUUAUUCGACAUCCGAAUUCAAUAGGUAGAGAAGAAGAAUCAGAAGGCAGUUCCCUGUCGGUUAAUAACAAGCGACGUUAUGUAAAUGAGGCUUAUUCACGAUUGUCUACCCCACCUGUAAAUAUUAAUAGGGGUGUCAAUUUACCAAAUCUUGGCACGGAGAGAACCAAGAAGCCUAACAGUCAGGGAAUGGAACAACACCAGAUUAAAAGGGAUAAGGAUCACCUUGAAAAAUUGCACAUUCUUGGACAUCAUACUUCACCACUGUGCCAUAUAGACCUGAAGGAUGUACUUAAUUAUGAAGAGUUCGUGACGCAUUUCUCAACUGAUGAACAGAAGCAACUACUAAAAUACUUAGCUCCUGUUGAUUCUUUUGCACCCCCAGAUAGUCUCAAAAACAUGUUCGAGAGCUCUCAUUUUGAGGAGAAUUUGUCUUUCUUCCAGAAACUUCUUGCAGAAGGUGUUUUCGAUAGCUCAUUGUCAGGGGUGAAAAUAGAAGAUUCUAGGACCUUGAAGAGGUUAAUAUUGUGCUAUUUAACAAAGUCAAAGUGGGUGGAAAAGUACAACCUUCUCAAGGACACAAAAUGUUCAAGUAGUACCAAUGGUUAUGAAGUUACAGGAGGGCCCGAUGCUAUUGGGACAGGUCAUUCAGUAAAUGUGAAGAGGCCACUGGAGGGGCACCAUCCAAAGUAUGCAGGUGCAAAGAAAGAAAUGAAGAGCCCCAAGAGGGUGGUGAUGAAAAGUAGCUAUGAGCAGAAGGAAUUAGUAGACAACAAUAGCUCUUGCUUCAGUCCGAAGUGCCUAUUUCCCUUGCCUUCUAAUAGUUCUCCUGUGCUGGAUUCUUUCCAUGUUGCAAAUGACCAGGACGUGCUACUGGAUGUGCCAUCCAACAGCUCCUUUGCGCAGGCAGAACUCCUCCGACCAACAUCUAAUUUUACUGCACAAGCAAGCACCAGUAGCAGUUCUGUGUAUCCACAUCUUGUACGUCCCUAGUGGUAGUAUCACAGUUUGCAUUUUCAUAGGGCAUCUAGAAGCUACUUCAGCCAAACCAGAUGAUUGUGUCUGCAUGUUCCUCACCAAUCAUGUGGUGAUUUGCUGAAAGAGUUGGAUGUUGUGCUGUUUAUGUUUCCCCUUUGAGCUAUGCUAAACAAAAUUUUGGAUUUAGCUGAUGGAUAUGGUUGUUUACCCUUUUUUUUUUUCUUUCUGUAAAGAUAGACAAACAUUGUAUAAUAUAGCUGGAAAUGUGGGGAAGAUGGUAAUGUCCAGCACUUGUAUGCAGUAAAGUUUUUCAACUUAAA